GAAUAGUCAGUUGUUCUGGAUGAGAGCGUCUGCUAAAUGUCAUAAAUGUAAAUGUUAUAAACUCAUGUUGGGUUUUACACACAGGGCAUCAGCACGUUGGCAUCGCCAUGGUAACCAUCUCAGUCCUGUUGCUCCUGCUCUCAGCUUUUUCUCCUCCAGUCCACACCCGCUUCUUUACAUUCCAUCUCAUUUCUGGGUCCAUGAAUCAGACUGAGGGUCGAGCAGCUUGUAGAGAAAAUCACACUGAUCUCGUCACUGUGUACUCUGAUGAAGACAACACUGAUCUGUAUAAUAUGAUACAGAAGAAUGGUUCUGGUUCUGGUUCUGGAUGGAUUGGUCUCAUUCGUGGUCAGUUCAGUGAGAAAUGGUCUAAUGGUGAUCCUGUAACAUUCAGAAGUCUGGCAGGUGUUUGUGGAACAUCGACCUGCUGUGCUGCUCUGAAGCCUGAUGGUUCAUGGGAAAGUCUUCAGUGCACAGGGACAAGAUAUUUCAUGUGUUAUAAAGAAGGCGACACUGAAACCCGUCAGAAUUAUCAUCUAAUCCUUGAGAAUAAGACCUGGUAUGAAGCUCAGCGUUACUGCAGGAGUAAAUACACCGACCUGGUCAGCAUCAGAGAUCAGCAACAGAAUGAAGAGGUGAAGAUGAAAGUAAACAGUAACACACUCUUCUGGAUCGGUCUGCUGCGUGAUGACUGGCAGUGGACUGAUGGAGGAAACUCCACCUAUAGAAACUGGGCGAGUGGUUUUCCUCAAUCAUCAUCAUCAGGUGACUGUGUAUCACUGGGGUUUGGAGGACAAUGGCAUUCAGUGCCAUGCAGUAAUAAUUUUCAAUACACUCUGUGCUACACUUCCACCAUCCAUGUGAGUGAUGUGGCUAUGAGCUGGGAGAAAGCUCUGGAUUACUGUCAGCACGGGAACAGGGCUGGAAUUCUCAACAUUGAUUCUGAAGCUGAACAGAAGGAGUUGGAGUCUGAGCUCAGGAGGAGGCGUGUCCCCGCAGGGUCUCUGUGGGUGGGGCUUGUACAGAGCCGACUCUUCGGGUUCUGGUUUUGGACCAGUGGGAAAGCUGCGUUUCCGUACUCUAAAUGGGAUGAAGGAAAAGCACCUGAGCAUCCGCUCUCUCAGCACUGCGGCGCCGUCGAUCCUCAGAGAGACUUCAGAUGGAGAGAUUUAAACUGUCUGUCUCACCACAACGCUGUGUGUCUCCUGUGUUCUCCCUGAACCUCUACACACUCACUUCACUGCAGCGCUCUACAGUAAACCUUUAACACACACACACGCACGCACGCACGCACGCACGCACGCACACACACACACACACACACAC